AUGACGGAGGCGGAGGUUGAGGGAAAGCACUGCAGCCACAAGCCGGAGCCUCUGAGAGGGAUGCGGGCGAGUGUGCAGUCUGCUGAUGGUGAUGGCGAGGGGGUAACAACUAAUGGUGACCAGAGUGAAAUUGAUGAUGUGCAAGGAAGCGAUCCUGGAACUGCCGGCGGAGGAGAGCCCACGCAGCAAAGUGAUGACGAAAAUGGGUCAGGCUCAGAGAGGGCGCUGGAAGAGCCAAACUCCACUGGGUUAGAGCAGAAUUCGGAAGAGACAUCACCACCACGGCCACCAGCGCCUGAAGCACCAAAAAAAGAGAAAGAAAACCGGACAGGCGAGGUGAAGAACACUGAAUGUGCUCUGGAAGAAGAAGGACCUGAAGUUUCAGGGAAACGUGAAAUGCAGGGGUGUGGAACAUCAAGGAAGUCGGAGGACGGUUUACAGAGUUCAUCAUCAGAGGAAAACUUGUCUUUGACGAACCCAGGAAAAGAGGAUUCAUCGCCAAAACCCGCUAGCGAGGGAGAAACCGGUAACAAUAACGUUGGGAAGGGUGCCAAUGCCGAACAGCAAAGCCAGCAGCAGCAACGACAGUUGGAAGAGAGUGGGGCACAGGAAGACACAAAAGCACGCGAAACAUCAGAAGAAAAAGCUGCAGCUUUGCCCACAAGCCAACAAAACCAUCCUUCACAGCCACAGACACGUGCACAAGAGACUCAAAACGGGGUGGAUGCCACGAAACAAUUGAGCAGCAGUGACGCCGCAGGCCCACCGGGUGUUACAACAAGUCAGAUAUCAGCUGGAAGUCAUGCGCAAGCAACUCCAUCACCCACCUCUGAAACUGGAGAUGGCACCGCUGGCACUCAGGCGGAAGACUCCACAGAGAAGAACUCCAAAGGAAAGACUGAGUCAGACUCUUCAGUAGCUCCACACGGCCAGCAGGAUGUUGCUACCGCGGGCGCAAAGACGAGCGGUGACAAGGAACCUGCAGCGGCAGCCGAGGGCGCCGUCACCAACAAAAACAACUCAGCGAUUACGGCUGACAGUGACAGCAGCGCCGCGGCCUCGCACUGCAUCUCCCCCCUUGCGCUUCUUCUUCUUGCGUGUGCGUCCGCUGCUGCGAUGGUGAUAGCGUGA